AUGAUGAUUCGUACUAUAUCAAGGUCUCAAACCACAAUUGGACGAUGGUUUUCUAGUGGUAGGAUACUCGCUAAGCAUCAAGGUAACCUCAAGCUGGAAGACACGACUGUAGAUGCAGACGAAAUCAUAAGUGAAAAUAAUCCGUGGUCACCUACCUUGUAUAAUGAUAUUGUCAGCAUAAGACCUCCUGGAUCAUUUCGUUCAAAGGAAUUACCACUGAAAUAUAGAUUAUCAUAUCUGCCAUUGUAUGAGGCUCCCGGUGCCAAAUAUGUUGCCUUGUUGAGGAGGAUCACAUUGAGUUUUGCGGUUAUAGGAGUAUAUGGCGCCAAAUUAUUCUUUGACUCUGCACAAUUUGAUGAUCUUUACGCUUUGGGCUCUAUCAUUGGUACAAGUGCUCCUGCUGCGUUUGUUCAAUAUAAAACAAGAAAUUAUGUAACUAGAAUUUUCAGGCUUUACAAUAAAGAAAAACCCCAGACUCUCAAGAAUUUGAUCGAUGAUGAGAAAGUAAUUAUGGAGAAGCUCAAUUUCACUGGAGGCAAAACAUAUAAUCAAUUGCUAACGAUUACAGGAAACAAGACAGUAAAGAUAUCUCCAAAACCAACAUUUCCCUCGUUGGCUCCCUUAGCAUCAUGGCAAGAUAUAGAUCCAGAAACAAACAUUAAACUUUCCUUUUACAUUGUUGACGAUAUUGGUGGAAUAAAGAUGGACAGAUUAUGGGGAAUCGUGGAACACAAUAGUGGACUUAACAAUGGUAGAUAUAUGGAACUAGAUAUCCCCAAAGAUUGA